AUGACCCUGUUUGUUAUUCAUGAGUCACAUUUUCAAGGUGGGACUAUCAGUUACAAAGUUAUAGGUACUAAUGGAUCACAAUUGAUUGUUCGCAUUACACAAACAUAUACUUUGAUACUUACUCUUUUUGGAGAUGCAACAGCAACGCUUAUUUGUAUUGCUAAUUGUUCAACAAGUGGUGGUUAUAUAUCCAUACCUAUUGCGUCAAAAUGUACUGAUUAUUCAGUUGGAAUGUUAAUUACUGUUGGACAACGAACUGACGAUGUUUUACUUAAUAACGGAUCAUAUUUUAGUAUUACUAAUAACGGAAGCGCUUUUCGUACUCUUAGUCUACCGAGUGGUAGUGGAUCAAAUCAAAAUUGGACUACUAUGAUCUGUCCUAUUGAUAUUCCUGUUGGUGUUCAACAAACGAUUUCAAUACCAACAAUAGAUGCUGAUAAUGAUGAAGUUCGAUGUCGUUUUGCAAGCGGUGCUAUUGAAUGCGAUAGUGUUUGUCCACCAAAAUCAUUACCGAAUGGUACUACUAUUUCAAAUAAUUGUACACUUAUUAUCACAGGUGCUCAAGCGGAUGAUUGA